AUGUACAAAUCAGCAGCGAUGGAUUCUUGGUCUCAUUUUCCUGAUGACUCCGUGCAUGCCCCACGGAUUGGCGUGUCGGAAUCGUCUCUCAUUGAAGCUGACGAGGAACUCAUUCGCACCGCUGGCAUUGCCACUCUAGAGGCAGAUUGCUCAGAACGGGAGGUGGAGCGUUGGCGCCUUGAGGUAAGUGCUCAGAUACAGCGGUUAUCAGACAGGAGACGGGAGAGAGAGCUUCUGCAGAAGGAGGUGACACGGCUGGAGCAGGAUCUGAAAAGGAUAACGACUGCUGCUGCCUCUGUUCCUGCUGAGGGAGGCUCAGCAAAUCAGCGAGAGUCUAAUACACGUCUUGACACAUGCAAUCCAAGGGAAAAUGAGUUGAUCGUCUUUCCAGGGACCUUUGCCUUGGCUACGAAAGGCAGUGCUACAGUGAAGGAAGUGGAGCUGCAAUAUUUUAUCAGCCGCACAAUUUCCGCACUGGACGCGGCACAGACAGAUGUCGUUUCCUUGAGGCAGCAGCAUGCUGAUUUGUGGCAUAGGGUGGGAGAACUCAGAGAGGACAUUAGUCGUCUCAAAACAACGUAUGCGCGACAGGAGCAACAAAAGAAUGAGUUGCUGCAACAAAAGCUUUUUCUCAAGGCAUCGGGUACCAAUCCUGCGUAUCGCAAAGCCAUACAGGCGAAACAAGAGUUGGAGGAACUCGUACAUCAUGCUGCCGAACGCCGUGCUGCGCGUAGGCAGUCGCGGAUGGAGCGUGCCUCCAUGGUGGCGCAUCUUUUAGAGGGUGCCGUUUUUCGGGAGCGGCAGGCCCACAACGUGUACGACGCGGUAACACAAAGAAAGGGCUACAGUGAUCACCCCAUGUACCGCAUGCUGUGUUCAUUACAGGAGGAGAAUAUGGCUCUGAGGGGGAAAUACAUACAGCUCGUCCGCGGUAGCGAAGAAGAGAAUGCGGCGCUUCUGGACUACCUGAACGUGAUGGAGGAGCGGCUUCUGGUGGUUCAGGGAGCUAAAAACCCAAUGGUGGAUCUUGCCGCUCUUUCACCAAAGCAGUUGUGA